GUUUCCUGUUCCCCCCCGCAGCGCCGGGUGAAGUUGAUUAAUAAUGACAUGAUGAUCACCGACAACAAUGGGGCACUCAAGUUUUCACAAUUGUGUAAAUUCUGUGAUGUGAGAUCUUCCACCUGCGACAACCAGAAAUCCUGCAGGAGCAACUGCAGCAUCACAUCCAUCUGUGAGAAGCCCAACGAAGUCUGUGUGGCUGUCUGGAGGAAGAACGACGAGAACAUAACCCUGGAGACCGUGUGCCACGACCCCGCGCUCGUCUACCACGGGUUCGUUCUCGAGGACGCCGCCUCCCCGCAGUGUGUGAUGAAGGAGAGGAAAGUGGACGGCGAGACCUUCUUCAUGUGCUCCUGCAGCAGUGACGAGUGCAAUGACCACAUCAUCUUCUCAGAAGACUAUGCCACCAACAACCCCGACUUGUUGUUAGUGAUACUGCAAGUGACGGGCGUCAGCCUCCUGCCGCCGCUGUGUAUCGCCAUAUCCGUCAUCAUCAUCUUCUACUGCUACCGCGUUCACCGCAAGCAGAAGCUGACGCCGUCCUGGGAGACCAGCAAGCCGAGGAAGCUCAUGGACCUGAGCGAGCACCUGGCCAUCAUCCUGGAGGACGACCGCUCCGACAUCAGCUCCACGUGCGCCAACAACAUCAACCACAACACCGAGCUGCUGCCCAUCGAGCUGGACACGCUGGUGGGGAAGGGCCGCUUCGCCGAGGUCUACAAGGCCAAGCUGAAGCAGAACACUUCGGAGCAGUUCGAGACCGUGGCCGUGAAGAUCUUCCCUUACGAGGAGUACGCCUCCUGGAAGAUGGAGAAGGACAUUUUCUCGGACAUCAACCUGAAGCACGAGAACAUCCUGCAGUUCUUGACGGCGGAGGAGAGGAAGACGGAGCUGGGGAAGCAGUACUGGCUCAUCACGGCUUUCCACGCCAAGGGCAACCUGCAGGAGUAUCUCACGAGGCACGUCAUCAGCUGGGAGGACCUGUGCAAGCUGGGCAGCUCCCUGGCCAGGGGCAUAGCGCACCUGCACAGCGACCACACCCUGUGCGGGAGGCCCAAGAUGCCCAUAGUGCACAGGGACCUCAAGAGCUCCAACAUCCUGGUCAAGAAUGACCUCACCUGCUGCCUGUGUGACUUUGGGCUUUCCCUGCGUCUGGACCCCACUCUCUCUGUGGAUGACUUGGCCAACAGCGGGCAGGUGGGAACUGCAAGAUACAUGGCCCCAGAAGUCCUAGAGUCCAGGAUGAAUCUGGAGAAUGUCGAGUCCUUCAAGCAGACGGAUGUCUACUCCAUGGCUCUGGUGCUCUGGGAGAUGACAUCUCGCUGCAAUGCAGUGGGAGAAGUGAAAGACUAUGAGCCUCCAUUUGGUUCCAAGGUUCGGGAGCAUCCCUGCGUUGAAAGUAUGAAGGACAAUGUGUUGAGAGAUCGGGGACGACCAGAGAUUCCCAGCUCCUGGCUCAACCACCAGGGCAUCCAGAUGGUGUGUGAGACCCUGACCGAGUGCUGGGACCACGACCCGGAGGCCCGGCUCACAGCGCAGUGCGUGGCCGAGCGCUUCAGCGAGCUGGAGCACCUGGACAGACUCUCGGGGAGGAGCUGCUCCGAGGAGAAGAUUCCCGAAGAUGGCUCGCUGGGCACUACCAAAUAGCUCUUCCAGGGCAGGCUGGGCCAAGCCCAGAAAGGCCGCCCCUGUCGCCAAAGCACAGAGGCAGCGGGAAGCUGCCCCUAAACCGCCGGAUGCUUCCUGGAAAGCCAGGGCUCGCUGCCCUCGCUGGAGGCUUGGGAGGGAGCAGCAGCUGGCAGGGCGUGGGUGACAUGAAGCAUUCGAUGCCUUUGACGUCGUCAUAGGAUAAGCUGUGUUAGCAGUUCCUCAGGAAAUGAGAUUGAUUUUUACAAUAGCUAAUAACAUUUGCACUUUAUUAAUGCCUGUAUAUAAAUAUGGAAUAGCUAUGUUUUAUAUAUAUCUAUAUUUGUCUAUAUCUAUAUAUAUACAGCCAUACUCUGGAAAGAGACAGAGAUCAAAUAUUCCCAGGAAAUUGGUUUGGUUGGAGAGCUCCAGAGCCGAGCGCAGAAGGGAUCCAUGAUGAAAUUAGCACUUGACAAUCAAACGUGGGAUAGGAGGUUCUCUGGCUGUACCCGCGGGGUGGGGGAGGGCUCCAUGUCCCAGAAUCUGCUAUGGCCACGUGGCACUUGCUUUUGCAAAACCAUUCCCCGCAUGCUGGUCCUCAUCUGUCCAUGGAGCUACUAAUAGUCACACUGUUUGGGGACCAGGUCCAGGGGUUCCUGUGUGCCAUUGCUUCUCCUGGACUGUUCACUUGAGCUUCAAGCCCCGCAUCUGGCUUGUGAACCACCUUCCUCAACUCGCUCAGAAACUUGGCCCCAUCUCUAAUAGUUCAAACAUUUCGAGCCCCAUUUUUGCCUUCACAGGUUGCAGAAAAAUCAGGACAUAUUUUCUUAUCCAUGAAAUUGCCAUACCUUCUACUAAUAAGAUAUAUAAAUAUAUAUAUUUUUAUCUCCCCCCUAUACUUACGUUAUUGUUUACUCCCAGCCCUUACCCCUUUCCUAAAAAGGAUCCAGUCUCCCCAGGGUUUGAGUCUCCAGCUUUCUAAGCAACACCUGUGGGUUCCAUCUCCUGGCUCCUGAAUGCUCAAUGUACUUUGGCCUAGUGGAAAGGAUUGGAGCUGCACAGUAGUGCCCCAGUCAGGACCGCUACCUCGGCCACUCUGCACGUGCUUUGCUUGGCCAGCACUGCAUUUCACGAAAUUGAGCCACUUUUCAAAUAUUUGGAGAUUUUACACACAUACAAAAAAUCUAGAUCCUCAAGUGUGAAUGGAUAGCAGAUGGUUUCCGGUUCUCUCCGACCCACAUCAUUCAUAAAAUGAAGGCAUGGACACUCUUACAAAGCUGCUUCACUUCUUGAUGUAAACACUUGUGUUUUCUGCCCAGCCCCACCUCAGUCUGGGAAUUAAACCUGCCCCGAACCAAGGUCCCCUGUGUGCAUUCAAGCAGUCAUUCCCUGGCUGUAAAAUACAACUUUCAUUCCCUCCCUCUCCCCAAUCUGGUGUUAAGAUUUGAAUUUGCGCCCCCCUUUUUAUUUUUAUUUUUUUGGCUAAAGGGGACCACCUCUAAGAGGUCCCAGUUAACCCAGGUCUCUUUUGUCUAUGUUUUAAGAGCUUUCCCCUCUGUAGCAGGGAGGGGAGCCCUUUCCUCCAAGAAGCUUUCUUCAUGAUCACCAUUCUCUCCAUCACACCAGCCUUCCAACCCUUGCAGGAUUUCCUAGCAAGGAUUUGAGUGUGGGACCCAGGAGUCCCAUUUGCAGUUAGGAAAUCCACACGGACAAGAACAAGAAUGAGCUCUAAUACUCCAUAGGAAACUUGUUCAUCUACAAUAAGUGUUAAUGCUGCAAAUAACCUUGCUCGCUUUUAAAUGUUUUUGAAGCUACUUAUUUUCAGCCAAAUAGGAAUAUUAGGGGCCAGCAGUGAGCAGAUCAGCUCCAUUUGGAUUCGGGGAGAUCUCAUCUCAUUGGGGUUUUCGCAGACAUGCUGAAGUCUGGGAGCAGGUGGAACUUCUAGGCACCCUGCCCCGUGGGGCGGGCUGAGCGUUCAGGACAGGCUGGCGGCAGCAGUGGAGGAAGUGCCCAGACAUUCCCUGCACUUUAAGGCGUGUUGACACCGUCCCAAUAGCUGUUGCUCAUUGACCUCUAGUGGUGAAUUUUUAGAAUACUGGUUCAUUAAUGAUUCAAAAGAGUUUUGUCACUUCUGGGUCAUCGUCAGCAUAAACUGGAAUGUAGAAUCAGAUGAUACUGUGGCUUGUUUUAUGUAUUUUUUUCUUAUUCAAGAAGACGACCAAGGAGUAACCUUCUGUAGUUCCUAAAAAUACUGACUUACUUUUUUUUUUUUUACUACUAUACAUAAAGGGAAAGUUCUAUUCUUUUAUGGAACACUUCAGCCGUACUCAUGUAUUAAAAUAGGAAUGUGAAUGCUAUAUACUCUUUUUAUAAAAUCAAACGUCUCAAGCACUUAUUUUCAUACUGUGCAUCGUUCGUCUUUUAUAUAAAUAAAAUGUUUAUUAGAUCCAAUAAAGCAAAAAUACUCAGGUCA